AUGUGGCAUCCCAGAGCGUGCUUCUUCGUGCUGGCAGUACAGAUUCUUGCGAUGAGUGUCCACUGCACCGGCGGAACCGACCGCCAGGCGGUCGUCAGGGCACGUCAAAAGCGAACAAUUAUCUUUCCGGGAAACCCUUCGCUGGGGCUGCUGUUUGCCAUCGCCGUACCGCUUGGGGUUCCGGAUCGGAACAUCUUCGUAUCGUACAACUUUGAGCAGAACUACAACACGCCGACCCAGGCCAACGAUUUCACUGAAGGCUUCGGAAAUUUUAUCCAUGGAAUUGUGGAAGAACUGACGUCCCCAACACUUAUUGUCCCAGGACCGUCGAUCAACGUGACUCCACGUGAGAUGAAAAAGACGGGACCGCAAAUCACGCGGAGGCGUCUCUUUAGGAUUAUCCGGGAACACCUCCAAAACCAAAAUUUUAACGGAAAAGCUUGCCUGCAAAGGAUCAUCUGUGAAGCUUCGCUACAUCAAUUUGCGGAAUCGAACGGGGUGAUCGGCGAUCUGGUUCAAAUUAUGCUCAGUCCGUCGAUGUCGAAGAGCGAAAAGCUACCGGAUGACUACGUGGCCCCCGAGCGGGUGGGAAAGAGUGGCUCGUGUGACAGGUAUCGAUCAGACUGCCCCAAGGAUCCGCUACAGAUGAUUAUGGGUCCUUCGCAAGCGACCGAUGCCACCGUGGACAGCGUGGGCGAAGGACGUAUACUGGUGGCCGGUAAACCGAUUCUUGUGUACCCGCAAGCUUCGCCAACCCGUCACCAGCUGAUCUUCGGUAUCGGUGUGCCGGUCCAGGAUAAUCCGCACUCCAUCGUGGUCGGCUGGGUCAUCAAGGCGUGGUACUAUCAGCCGAACUCGACGGCUGACUACGCGGCGGUUUACGUGGAAGGUUGGAACGACAGCCGGCGUUCGCUGCCGGAGGAUCGCAAUCGUCGCUCGAUCGAGCGGUACGAGGUGGACAAUGUACCGACCCGCUUGGAACCGCUCCCGUCGGAUGGUGUGUGGGACGAAUUGGACGAUGAGCCCGAGGAAGAGGUGGAGGAUGAGGUUGGCGAGGACCCGAACGGUGGAACGUCGCCGGAUUCGGACCCGGCCCCGGACGCUCAGGAACCGACCGCGAAACCUGAGGAUCACUCGGGUGCAACCUUCAAUGUCCACAGCAGUAGGUGGCUGGUGUACAAAGCUCUCGAACGGAUGAGCUUUGGGUAUGGUUUUGGGGGCCGUGCCUGUAUACUACGCAGCAUCUGCGAUGCCGCCGAGGCACAGUUUACGCACACCGGCGGCGUGUUCGGCGAGUUGCUCCACAUAAUGUUCAGUCCUUCGUCCACCGAAGAGCCCCUGUCCGAGCACCGGGACAACGAGUAUCUGCGCGCGGAGCAGCUGGGCCGGACCGGAGCCCCGUGCGACAAGAUCUUCCACGAGUGCUCCACUUCGAUGCUGGACCUAUUCUCCGGUGUCCACGAUCCGGCCCGAUACGCGUUCGACCCGACGGCGUUCUUCGACCAGCUGCACCCCUCGAUGGUUCGGUUCGGAAUGGUGCUAGUGGCCGCUGCUGCUGGUGUGCUGCUGUUGUUGCCGAUCACCAUCAGGGCCGACUUUAUCCCGUGGUUGAUCGUACCGGAAACGUCCCCGACGCGCCACCAGCUGAUCAGUGGCAUCGGCAUUCCGGUCGGCACCCCGGAGUCCAUCACCAGCGGGUGGGUUAUAAAGGCUCAGUACUACCUGCCGACCAAAGUGGACGACCUGAAGCCAACACUGUGGGAGGGCUGGAACGAUAGCAGACGGGAGCUGUCGAAGCGGGCACCGGAAGUUCCGGUAACGCGGUUGCCGCGUUCGGUGCAUUACGAACGCUACGAAGCUGGCAAGAUCGUGAUCAACGAGCAGCCACUGGACGAUCCAUCGGAGAUUGAGCAGGGUGACCAGUUCGAUGAUGGUGAUGAGAACUACUGGAUCGAUCAGGAAGAAGAUGAGCAGUUACGGGGUCAGGUUGCCGGUGCAACACCGAAUGUUGAUCCUGCCCACCGGGGGAGCUACAAUCCGCAGCGGUCUCGCUGGUCCUCGUACAAAGCGUUGGAGGGUUUGAGUGAAAAGUAUGGUCUCGCGGGACGUCCUUGCGUGCUGCGCAGUGUCUGUGAGGCAGCCACGGCUCAGUUCACGCAUACGGGUGGAAUUUUCGCCGAGCUGCUCCACAUCAUGUUCACACCCUCCAGUACGCGUGAACCAGUGUCGGAGCACCGGGACAACGAGUACUUUCGGGCGGAGCAGCUUGGCAGAUCCGGAGCACCGUGCGAGCGCCUCUUUCCCGAAUGUGUCCACUCCCUGCUGGACGUGUUCACGGGGGUACACGAUCCAGAAACGGACACCCUGCGAGUGCUGCAUGACCAGGUGAAGGCUUACCUUAUGCGAAAGUGA